AUGAUGGCAGCAGGACAGAACAGGAUCGCUGACGGUCUGACAACUUCCAGCGCUCUUUACAAAAAAGUCCCUCUAGAGUUAAACAUCGGCGACGCAAACGUCCAGCAAAUCUGUGAUAAAGUGAAGCCUGACGCGGAGAAGAAAGCCGGCAAGCCCUUUGAGGACUUCACUGCCAUGCUCUUCAGGUUUCAGGCGGUCAAGGGAACCAACUCCUCCAUCAAGGAGGUCGAGGGAACCCACUACUCCAUCAAGGUGCACGUGGGAGGAGGCAAAUAUGUUAACGUGAAAGAAGACAAGUUUGUUCACCUCUUCGUCUUUCAGCCGCGCGAUGGCAAGAAACUGGAGCUGGGCGACAUGCAACAGCACAAGAGUUUCUUCGACCCCAUCGAGCUCUUCUGAGAUACUCUGAUUGUUCCUUUUAAACACACUUUUGUAUCACCAGCACUCAUAAAUGAU